AUGGUCUUGUUCACAGACCUACCAGUCGAGAUCCAUGUCCAGAUCAUCCGCCAUGGCAAUAUCAUUCCGAAUUUGAGGCUGUGCUGUUCCCAGUUUCUGGACGUUAUCGUGCAAGAAGCACACUCGUUGCUCACGGAUCUGUGUUCGGUCAACGACAUCAGCGCCCGCGUCUGGGAUCUGUUCCUUCUUCACAUGGUCAGAGGAGAGAGAGAGAAGACCACGAUCGUGCAGGUCAUGGCAUUAGGUCGUUUCUUGCGGAACAUCGAAACCGUGGCGCCAGAUAGACACCAAAUACCAACACGAUUGAGCGGGAUUGGGUUGGCUCCGUCACCAUUGAUCAACAGCACUUCCUUCAUGCUCUUCGCGGUGACCAGUCGAUUGCUCAAGACAUCCCAAACGGUGGAGUAUGGCAGGGGAGAUGUGCUCACGCCGUCCGACGACGCAAAACAUGUUCUCUCCAAAGUCCUGGCGGAAGAGUUUGUUCAAUUCUUCAAACGUGAUCUCACGCUGGAAGAGCUGGAGUCGGUAAUUGCAGCCAUCAACAUAUCUGUGACCCGGCUGUGGAGCACGGUUUUCAUUUUCCGUCCAAACGAUUUGACAGUCAGUACUUUCGGCAGCUUGAGUGGCGUUUCGUUCAACACCGACCAGGCGAUUCUCACUGAACAUGUCAUCUGGAAAGGCCCGGAAUGGGUGUCUGCAAUGUUGGUCAAUUAUAGUCUGGGUCAACGAGCCUCGGGUGAGGGGCGGGAGAGGAACAGUGUUCAACCAGGACGGCUUGAUACCAUGCUGGUUGACAAGGGCGUCUGGAACGGUCAGCGAGAGGAAGGAGCUCGAUUGGCAGCGAACGGAGUUGCUCGGCUCUUGUGGCAGGAGAGACAACAGAAGAUCGAGAAUAGAGCGAAUUUGUCCAGGGAGCGAGGGACCAUGAUGGAAAUGAGAGUUGAUCCGGCUCUGUGGCGUGGAUCGUCGGGAGAUAUGUAG